GAUAAAACCACAGCCGUCGCAUGGCUAUAAAAAGCGAAAGCAAAACGCUGGAUUCGCUCAUAAAGACCGCAAAACUGCAAAAGUCAGCUGUGCCCCGUUCCCGUUCCCGUAACCGUAACCGUAACAAGGAUUAGCCCCAUAAUAAGCAGCAAACAUGGUUAAGCACAUUUAUAUGACAAUGGCGGCCUUGCUCAUCUUGGCCAUUGCUGUGAGCGCUGCGCCAGCCAAAAUGGAUCAACAACCAGUUAAGGACACUGAUGUCCAAGCCUCGAGCAAAGUCGAAGAGGUGCCGAACACUAGCGCAAAUAGCGACGAAGAUGAUGAGGACGACGAUGGUGGCGAAGUUGGACAGAAUCAGAAGCAUGAUAAAAAACAGGAAACCACCGAGGACGUGAAUAGCGAUAAGGAUGAUGAUGAUGAUGACGACGACGACGAUGAUUCGCUUAUCCGAAGACGCCGCGACGCUGUUGAAGAAUCAGCCAAGGAACCAGCUAAAGCUGAAGCUGCUCCAGCUGAAGUCGUAGCAGUUCCAGCUGAAGUCGUAGCAGCACCAGCUGAAGUCGUAGCAGCACCAGCUGAGGCCGAAGCUGCACCAGCUGCAGUUGAGCAGAGUGUUGAGAGCUCGACUACGAUUCCCACCGCCGCAUCAGUGACAACGACCCGUAAACCAGUGCUCGUCCUUAUACGCGAUGCACUUAAGAAGGUCACAGCUGGACUACCCACGGAGCAGGUGGCCAACAAUGCGUUGCAGUAUUUCCAGCUAUUCGAGCACUUUAUACAGCAGACCAUCGAGCAGGUUAUUGAUGCCGCCGAUGACGAGGAGGAGGACACGCCGGCAGCAGUCCCCGCUGCAUCCGUGGUCACCGAAGAUGAUAAGAAACCAGAGACGGCUGAGAAACUACCGGAGGAGAAUUCAGGCUCAGUUUCAGCUCCAGUACCAAUUCCAAUUUCAAUGGAGAAUAUUUUCAAGCCGGCGGAAGCAGCUGUAGCCAGCAAUGUAGUUUAGAAAUGCCCAUCGACUACCUCAACUAUUUAUUGUCACUAUUUAUUGUUAGCUCUAAAAUUUGAAAAUACAUGGAA